AAAAAAAAACAAAACAAUAUUCAAUUUGCAUUCGUUAAUCCGGAAGGAAUAUGUUUUACUAAGAUAUAACGAACUUUCAAUAGGUAUGUCUUAAAGAUUUUUUAGUGCGAAGCUUCACUCAAUACAACUUAUCCGUCUCGCAUUUAGCAAAACUGAUGAAAUUCGUAACCCAGGUCUUAGUCGAAACAGCAAUUAGACAUAUAGUAAAAAUCAUAGAACAUGAUCAAUGACGACACCAAACUAAUACCAGUAAAUCGAGUUGAAGUUGUUGGGCAACGUGACACUACAGUUAUGGCGGCUAAAACGAAUACCCAAAUGGACGAUCCCCGGUUUCGCAUAAGACCUAUGCAACAAAUUGCAUCGGCAUGUACCGGUGCAAUGUUAACAGCAUGUUUUAUGACACCAUUGGAUGUUGUAAAAACUCGUAUUCAGGCCCAGCAGGCGAAAAUGACCAACAAGUGUUUUCUUUAUUGUAAUGGCUUAAUGGAUCAUUUGUGUCCCUGCGAUGCCAAAGCUUCAUUUCCUGAAGUUAAACCUAUCAAACCAUUAACUGGUACAGUGGAUGCAUUUUUCCAUAUAAGUCGCACCGAGGGCAUUCGUUCCUUGUGGUCUGGUCUAGGACCCACCUUGAUAUCCGCCCUUCCUUCCACCAUUAUUUAUUUCGUAGGUUAUGAACAAUUUAAGCGGAAAUUUUUAGAGUUCCAUUACGAGUACCUGGCAGAAGUGAAAGGAUCACCAAUUGGUCGAGAGGUCCCCCUUUUGGUUCCUCUAAUAGCUGGUAUAACUGCACGAAUAUGUGCCGUCACAUGUGUAAAUCCCGUGGAGCUUAUACGAACCAAAAUGCAAUCAGAAAAAAUGACCUACGCCCAAAUAACUUCUGCGAUACAGAAAGUGGUACAAUCACAGGGCAUAUGGGGUUUGUGGCGUGGUCUGCGCCCCACUAUACUACGUGAUGUGCCAUUUUCUGGGCUUUAUUGGACAUGUUAUGAAACAAUUAAAUCACAUUAUGGAGUUAUUGAGCCAACAUUUGGGUUUAGUUUCUUGGCGGGUGCAGUGUCGGGCUCGAUAGCAGCAACAAUUACCACUCCCUUUGAUGUCAUUAAAACACACGAACAAAUUGAAUUCGGUGAAAAAGUUAUUUUUGCAGAAAAGCCGGUUAAACAAUUACCUACUGCUAGUUUAGGCAAGCGACUCGCAACGAUAUACGCAACAAAUGGUGUUCCUGGGCUAUUUGCUGGCUUGGGGCCACGUCUAUUAAAGGUGGCCCCUGCCUGUGCCAUAAUGAUUUCAACGUUUGAAUAUAGCAAAGCCUUUUUCUAUCACUACAAUGUUGAACAAUACAGUGAACAUUAGAAAGACAAAA